AUGCGCAUGAAAUUCAAGGACGAAACAGACACCAAACUUUGGAAGAACAGCAUCUGGGAGUCGACCGGAAACAAUCUCAAGACAUCCAUGCCGGACUUCAUGAGCCACUUGAGUGAUUGGAUACUACAUGUCAGACACUCAAAUUACAGGGAAUACGAACAGCAUCUCCUCAGCCAAGAUAAAAUGAUCCACACUACCGCCUCUUUCGUGUAUGGCGAUGUACGUGAUGAAAGAGACUACAUCGCAAGAGACAACGGCAGGUGGCGACUAGAGAUGAUCGAGGAUCUCCUACUUAGUACUGAAGCUCCAGAUGGCGAGCCGAUCGUUGAGAUUGAUGUCUGGGUUGGAAGUAUCCCUGCUGUCCCGUCGAGUCUAGGAUCUGGCAAAUUACAGGAGGCACCCAUCAUGUACCAUCGCUAUGGCACCUGCAAGACAACCGCUACGGAGACAGAGCAUGACGAGCAGCAGCACGAGCCAAUGACCAUCUCAGUUUUACUGCCGUACAACCAGGAUCCAAACGACGAGACUGAGCGUCGUCCAAUCCUGGUGCCGCAGAGAACCAUCAAUGGAGUUGCCAUUGGUCGUGCUGAGGACCAURUCCACACGAAAGGUGAAGUUGACAAAAUCCCCUGGAAGUGGGUCGCUCCUUAUAAAGACAUCAGAACUCAUGAGGAAAGAAUGGACAAGAUCGGAGAGACUCUUCAAGCGAGGAUGAUAUUGGGAGCAGCAGAAGAGUCUGGAGUACCUCGUCUACCUCCAGUUACAUUUCUCCCAUAUCAAGCAAAGGACGGAGUCGAUGAUAUCCCGAAUUGCAACGUAUCUCUGGCCAUUAGAAUGGUCAACGGGCUUCAGAGAAUACACGCUGGAACCAUCAAGAUGCCGGUCGAUUGGUUGGAAGUUGUAGACUCUCGUAUGACGGCUGGUACGCUGUGCAAGGGCUUGCUUGGUAAUGUGUAUGACGCGUGCUCUUCGGAGAGAGAGUCACGGAUACUGGAGGAGAAUGAGGGGCGUUGGCGUAUGGAUGUUUGGGUGAUGCCGCAGGCACUCCAGGUGGAGAAACUUCACUUUAUGUGCAGCGAGGAGCAACUUUGCAGGUAUUUGGACCCUGUGAUCGUCAGGAGUGGGGAGAGAAAAUUAUACGCCGUAAUAACACAAUUUGGACUUCGCUUUGUAUCUCAGUCUUCACGAACUGGCUAUGAGUAG